AUGGCGGCGCCCAGCGCGGGGCUCCCGCUGCUGCUGCUGCUGGCGGCGCUGAGCGCGGCGGGCGCCGUGUCCGAGCCCAGCACCGUGGCCUUCGACGUGCGGCCCGGCGGCGCGGUGCACUCGUUCGCCCAGAGCGUGGGGCCCGGGGACAGGUACACCUGCACCUUCACCUACGCAUCCCAGGGUGGCACCAACGAGCAAUGGCAGAUGAGCCUGGGGACCAGCGAGGACCACCAGCAUUUCACCUGCACCAUCUGGAGGCCCCAGGGCAAGUCCUACCUGUACUUCACCCAGUUCAAGGCCGAGGUGCAGGGCGCCGAGAUUGAAUACGGCAUGGCCUACUCUAAAGCCGCCUUUGAGCGCGAGAGCGACGUCCCCCUGAAAAGCGAGGAGUUUGAGGUGACCAAGACGUCAGUGGCCCACAGACCCGGGGCGUUUAAGGCCGAGCUGUCCAAGCUGGUGAUUGUGGCCAAGGCGGCGCGCAGCGAGCUGUGAGCGGCAGCCCAGCCCCGGCCGAGGGCACCCCAACACCCGCUCCUGGACGGCCGCCCCGCGUCCCCCUAAUGCCACCGCCACGGGGACCACCAGCCUGCCAGGACCCGUGGCCAAGCCCAGCGCCCCUGCCCGAGGCCCCCCGGGCCACUUUGUUAAACCACCCAGGGACCUCCUUUCCAGGGGACUGGAAAGAGAGGAAAUGUUUUCAUAUUUAAAAGAAAUAAAACGAUGAAUAAGCACCA